AUGGGUUCUUUACUGACGGUGGGCUACUUGGGCAGGCAAGGGCACAAGCCGCACAUGGUGGCGGUGGCUACGAUUCUCAUGUCCAUUGCCUUGCUGGGGCGGCUGCUGCCCCACUGGGUGUACGGGCCAGGGCAGGACGCAUUGGAGCUCACCAAGGAAUACGGAGACGCCGCUCUGCUGCUAAGCAACUCUUCGGGAUCUCUCGCUCAAGACGACUGCUCGGACAGCGGGUCACUGGGGGCGCCCUCUAUCUUCUUCUUCACCAGCAGCGUCCUUCUCGGCGUUUCUACCUCCGUCUAUUGGACGCUGGGCGUCUCCUACCUGGACGACAAUACGCUCAAAGAUAAGGCUCCAUUGGCACUU